AUAUAAUUUAAUAUCAACAUUUUGAGUCAUUCAGCUUAAAUGUCCAUUACGUUUUGUCUCUCUUACUCCGACGUUUUAGUCACAAUACUCUCACACCUGGAUUUUCUUAUCUCACUGCAGGCCCAAGAUGUGAUAAACCAUUAGGAAUGAAAAACGGCCGUAUACAUGCCAAUCAAAUCACAGCAUCUUCCAUGUGGGAUCGUAAUCAUGGACCAAGCAAUGCCAGACUGUAUUGGCGUAGAACCCGCGCCAGAACCGGGGCGUGGUCCGCUCGUCAUAACAAUCACUACCAGUGGUUGUUAGUGGAUUUCAAACGUCCUAUGCGGGUGGUGAAGAUAGCCAUUCAAGGACGACAGGAUGCGCGUCAGUGGGUGACAAAGUUUUUUGUGGCAUACAGUCAGGAUUGUGCACAUUUUGCUGAGUAUAAAGAGAACAGCAAUAGAAAGUACUUCACAGGUAACAGAGACCAAAAUACAGUGGUACAGCAUAGAUUCUACCCCCCCAUCAAGGCACGGUUUAUUCAGGUUCGACCCUGGGGUUGGUAUGGACACAUCUCUAUGAGAGUGGAGUUCUAUGGAUGUGCUGAAGGUGUGGAAAUGUUUUGAUUAUUCAUGUCCCGGGUUUGAUAAUGUUUUGGUUG